AGUUUUUAAAAGUGGGAAUUUGGUUCCUGCUGACUAUAACGCUUAGCGGAUUUCAUUUCAUUUAUUUGCUAAUAUAUGCCUAAUGAGAAUCCUCGAACCGAUAUUUUAUUUUCUCCCUGCAUAAAUUUCCUCUAGACUUUUCUACGUGUGGUCCAGGCUAGCUCGGGUCCUAGGAUCAUUAAUUUCGCAGGAAAUGCCGUAGCUUCUUUGCAAUAAUACUAUCCAGAAGGCCCUUAGAAUUUAAUCAAUUAUACUCUGUGAUUUAGUCUCUUUUGAUGGGGUAGGGCUCUCUUUCAGAUGGAUAAUUGAUUUUUUAGUGUUAUGCUACUUUGGAUAGCAGUGUUGGGGAGGUGCUUUUAGUUUAUACACUACCUGAAGUAGGCAGUGAACUAGAUGUCGCUUUCACUUGAAUGGAAGAAAUAAAUCUAAUCUGAGACGUUUCAUUGGCUGUUUUAAGCAUGUAAUAAUAUUGUAUCGGUAUGUCAUUUUUGGCUUUAUAUGAUCAUAAAUGCACUACUAUUUGUUGCUAUACUUUCUGUAUAAUAGGAGUAUAUGUGUUUUUAUUGUGAAGUAUAAUGAGUAGUUCUAUAAUACCUUAUUCAGAUAUAGUAUCUCUUUUUAAAUGUCAAUUUAUUUUGUUUGUUUAUAGAUAUAUGUGUUUAUUUAUAAUUUUUUAAAUGGAAAAAAUAGGAUAAUUAUAUCAUGAUGUAGCAGUGAUUGCCUGUAGGGAUUCUAUAUGAAGAAAUGAAGAUUAUACCUUACUUAAUGAAGUUGGAGCACUGAAAUUAGCACAUACCCCUUUCCAUUUUCUGUUAUUUUGCCAUAAUUGAAUAACUAAGUGAUGAAUUUGUUACUGCUAUUUAGGUUAUAUAAAUAUCUCUUCAAAAACAGCAAAUAAAUUCUCUACUUGGUAAAUUUGAAAAGGAUGUCGGCAGUGAUAUUUUCUUAUGCGAUUGAUAAAUAUAAUUCUAUUUCUGUCAUUUUCAUUCAUUUAUAAAAUAGCUUUAGAUCUCAUGAACCAUUGAUUGGGAAAUUGAAUGAAAAUGAUGUACAUAAAGUAGGAUGAUUUCAUGUUUUAGUUUGAAGGGAACUUGUUAAAGCUGAGCAUAUGAUUGGUUGAAUUUUGUGGAUAAAUAAAUAUAUUCUGGGAAUAAUAUUUAUGAGAAUCUUCAAAUAAAGAAAAUGAGUAAAUUAGAGAUUAUUACCAAGUAUUUAAAUAUUGAAACACGGAAAGUUGUCAGUGGGAAGCCAAGCACCACCACACUUUUUAAAAUCCAACGCAACAAUUCUUGACUUUACAUCUGUAUUAUUUUAUUAGAUUUGUAAUCAUUAUUUUUCUUUUAUCAUUACUUGUUUUACUAUUAUGUAUUCGGUGAGAAUUCAAAUCUUUUAUUUAUUUAUUGACUACAAAUACUGGACUUUUACUUCGACAUCGUUAUUUAGUUAGACAUAUAAUGUGAUUAUAAUCAAUUACCUAAAGUUCAAAGUCAAACAAAAAAUUAAAUAAAAUUCAUUUAUAAUUGAAUUAAAAGAAAAAAAAGAUGGACAUAGAGUUCCGUUCCACUUCCAUAUACUCCAUAAUAUAGCAACAGGAGAGAGAGAGAGAGAGAGAGAGAAUACUAUCUGAGACUGAGUCAGAUCUGCAAAUGCUGGCUCAGCUAAAUUCGUUACAGAAAUUUGAUGAGGAAACACGGUGUAUGCGAUUUUGAUUAGUUUCGGAAUGAGUGGAUUCCAACUCCUGCGCUAGUUCACUUUUAAUUAAUCUUUUUUAUAUGUUUUGAGUUUUAUCGGUUUGGGGCUUAUGGAGAGAGAGGGGUUUGUGGGAAUGAAGGAAAGUAGGGGUGCCGAAUUAUACCAUACCGGAACGCUCCGAUCAUCUUCGCCGACGAGAUCAGUGCCGAUUUUUCCCCCGCCGUCUUCUGCCGUUGGCGUCGGUGCUAACGGUGGUUUAAAUUACACAGUCCAUACCGUGUCUAAAUACGACACGCUUGCCGGCGUCGCCAUCAAAUACGGUGUCGAGGUUGCUGAUAUAAAAAGGCUAAAUGGAUUGGUGACAGAUCUCCAAAUGUUUGCCCUUAAGACAAUUCAAAUCCCACUUCCUGGGAGGCACCCCCCUUCGCCUGUCUUGUCAAAUGGUCACAAGACUCCUCCGCGGCCAAGCAAUACGCAGCAGACAUUAUCAGGUCGUAGACACUCUGAUAUAUUUGAUUCAUUUUCAUCAUUGAAAUUGAAAUCUGCUUCCGAAAAGAAAGUCUCUCCAUCCAUGAGCAGGAUGCAAGGUUAUUAUGGUAUUAAAUCAGCACACGUAAAAGAUGCUGGAGAAGGCUGUGAAAUGGCAACAUACCAAAAAGGGGGAGCUCAUUAUCUAGAGGAUGGGCCACUUCUGAAAUCAUCUAUUUCUAACCCACCACUUAGCCAUUAUAGAAAGUCAAAAAGUGCAGCUGAUUGUUUAGAUUCAGAGAAUGGCAGUCUCAUUGAUCAUGAUUUCUUACAAGGAGCUGAAAGUAAUGGCUCAGCCAAAUGGAUUGACAAGUUGGUAAGACGCCGUCAAAAGUCUGAUGCUGAUUUUGCUUCAGAAAAGCUUUUGAAGGAGGAAAACAAUAGUGGUACUGCAAUUUCAGCUAUUACAGGCAAAGGCCUGGCUCUCAGGCCCAAGUCAGCUUGCCGUACAGUGUCACUCGAAGCUGAUGGUGAAGUAGGAGGGUUUAACCCCAUUCCUGUAGGGUUAGGGGAUUCCUUCCUGAAUGAUGACAUUAAUGGGGUAAAGAAGUCACCAAGUGUAUUGAGUUUGCAGGAUUCGGACAAUGGUGCCUUGUCAUCCAUAUGGCCGACAUCAAAGUGGAGUUUGAAGCAAGAUUUUCAGGCUCUUUCUGCUGCAGCCAUGACUAGCCCGAUCUUUGAUGGAUUGUCCAAGCCUUCUAACUGGAGAAACAAAGCAGCGGUCGAUUAAUACAGUCUUCAACAUCAAAUACGACAGAAGCAUUCAUUCAGUGAGAAAUAGCAGACAAGUAUUCUGGGUAAAAAUGAAGAACCGAAAAAAUUUACUCCAAUUGGAUAUUUGUUCAAUUUAGUUUUCGACGAAUGAUUCUGUUCUGCCUUGUAGUUAAUGCCUAGAAGAAACUGAGCUGGGAGUAGGAGAGUCAAAAUCUUCCAGUUCAUUUCUCAGUUGAGGUAGAGGGUUUUGCAUAAAUGCAUCAUGGAAGCUAGAUAAAGAAUUGUAUAUUUACAUUGUGAGAGAGGAAACGAAUUCGGUAUACAUGUAUUUACUCGUGAGAAACGGUUUCUUUGAAAUUGUGAUUAAUAAAUAAAUUUAGUAUCUUUGGCUUUCCA